AUGGAAAACCGGAAUCUGGAGCUUAUCCGCGAGAUAGGGUGGCACCGCGGUAAAAAUCGCCUGUAUCGGGCCUGCUAUGGCCUAUUCCAGGAGCUGCAGGAGGUGCUUCGCACCGGUAUCGACGAACUCUUGGACCUGUACUACUGGCAGCCGGCUUCUCUCAACGGCAUCCAGGGGCUCCUCGACCUCUACUGCUCGCAGGCAUGCCUGCCCUUCAAGGAUACCGUAGAGCUUCUAUGUCUGUUCUAUCUGGAGCCGGCGUCGGAUCUGAGUAAAUGCGAGGGUCUUUUGGGUCCGUGCGCUUCGCGGCCAUUUGCCUUGAUGGGCGAGCUGCUGGACUACCUACGGCUCUUCACCUCCCAGCCGGUACCGACGUCGGCUGAUGUCAUGCAGUUAGUGGGGCGUCUCGCACAUCCGGUGCCUUCGCUGGACACGGUGGAGCGGUUCCUGUCCCGCCAUUGUUUGCAGCAGUUUCCGUCUCUGCGGGCGGUAGUCCAGCUGCUGGACUUGUUCUAUCUACAACCUGGCCUUUCCUUGGCCCAAGCGGAAGAGCAUCUCAGUCGAUACAGCACACAGCCUUCUCCGCCCUUGGGGCUGCUGGUUGAGUAUCUAUCUGAACUGAAGUCCCAGCAGCCGUGCGUUUCGACGGCGGACAUUGCGGUUCGAAUGCUGCAGCACAUGCGGGCGUUGGGUAAUCGGGAGACGGAGGCAGAGGAUGCUUGGAACAAUCUCCUCCGUGCGAGCUAG